CAAUGUAACACUGUUAUUGAUCCCAAUAACGUGCGGCUUUCCGAAAUCGCAUCAUACGCUCGAGUUCUAUAAAAGAAAGGGAAGUUCUCUAACAAGAUUUGGAAACACCUCGACUUCUUUGUUCAUUUUCUUACACAAAACAAACAACAACACAUCAAACAAAAUGAAGACUGUUCUUCCCUGGGCGCUUCUCGCGCUCACCCAAGUGACGUCGGGAUGUCUUCUCCCUCAUGAGCGGGAUGAGACUGUGAUGAAGCCAAUCGUCCGCCGCCAGGGCAGCAAUGGAACUCCGAUCGGAACAGGCGACAGAUUCAAGAGCGGCGCAACUGCACCCAGAGGGCUGGGCACUCAGUCAUCAUCUACUUCUUUCAGCACCAUUCUCAACGUCAAUGAGAUCAAGAGUGGCCUGCAAGGCCUUGUAAACACUUACGGAAUCCAAACAUUCAACACCCCAUACAAGACAGCGCAGGGAGCCACUGUUAUCGGGGCCCAAAUUGGCGGCAACGGUACUUGCACCAAUGCCUAUCGCACAUUCAUCAACGGCAACAUCCAUGCUCGAGAGCGUGGAUCCGCGGACAGCGUACUCUAUUUCGCUGCCGACCUGCUGUACGCCAACCAGAACAACGUUGGUCUGACAUACGGCUCCAAGUCGUACACCAACGCCCAGGUCAAAGAGGCCCUGUCCACAGGACUCGUCUUCAUUCCACUCAGCAAUCCUGAUGGCGUGGCAUAUGACCAGUCAACCAACAGCUGCUGGCGAAAGAACCGCAACUCCAACUCUGGAGGAGUUGAUUUGAACCGCAACUUCGAUUUCCUUUGGGACUUUACCCACUUGUUCUCCUCAUCAGUGCAAUCAAGCGUCGCCUCAACGUCGCCCAGCUCUGAGACUUACCAUGGAACCAGUGCUUUCUCAGAGGCCGAGACCAAGAACAUCAAGUGGGUGUUUGACACAUACUCCAAGAUCCGCUGGUUUGUCGACCUUCACUCCUAUGCGGGGGAUGUGCUCUGGAACUGGGGCAGCGACGAGAACCAGUCCCAGUACUCGUACAUGAACUUCCAAAACAGCUCUUACAGCAGCGUCCGUGGCAUUCUCACAGACACCCCCAGCCCCGGCAGAGGCUACGGCGAAUACGUUCCCCAGGCUGAACUCAACGACAAGAUCACCGCGGCUAACCGCAUUGCUGCUGGAUUGACCGGAGGCGGCGGCCGCAGCUACGAUGCCUUCCAGUCAUCCGAUCUGUAUCCCACAUCGGGCGCCAGCGACGAUUAUGCCUACUCGCGACACUUUGUCGACUCUUCCAAGAGUCUUGUUCACUCGUUCACAGUGGAGUUUGGCUUCCCCAACAAUGCCGCGUCUUGCCCAUUCUACCCAACCGUGUCUCAGUAUAACUCCAACCUUCGUGCAACCAGUGCUGGUUUCAUGGAGUUUUUGUUGGCAGCUAGCGACCUAGGACUGGGAGAUGCAACGAGUUGUUAAGAAAAGGGUAGAUGGUUAUUUAGGAAAAAGAUAUGUCCAAGUCUAUAGGGCCAGGCGCCAUCUAGUAGUAUAGAUGAAUACAUAUAGCCAAGCGAAAUCUCACUGUUAUCCCAAGUAGCUGUAUGUGGUAUUCCAAGUCUUGGUAUCAUGCAAACAUUUUAAUUAUUACAAAUAUGAUGAACUAAGCAUAAAAAAAGUCAAAUAUAUGUUCAUCAAUUCCAUAAAGUCGUAUACAAAGAAAUGGGCGUCUCUCAUGCGGCCAUUCUCAAGGUUUU